AUGGUCGACGUGGGUUCGAAGCUGGUGGCAGAAUGGACUGCUACAGCACGAGCAAAGGUUUUUGUGGCACCCGAACUGAUGAAACUCGUACGAGAAAAUGGCCUGAAGAAAGGUGACAUACUUAGCGUUGCUCGCCUGGCGGGAAUUGUGGGGGCCAAGCAGACGUCCAGCCUUAUCCCUCUGUGUCAUAACAUAUCUUUAUCCUCUGUGGCUGUGGACAUUGAACUGGACUCUGUUCUCAACUGUGUGAUUAUAACUGGCAUGGCAAAGUGUAGAGGGCAGACGGGCGUGGAGAUGGAAGCUCUCACUGCUGUAUCGGUGUCUGCCUUAACAGUGUACGAUAUGUGCAAAGCUGUGAGUCAUGACAUUGUGAUAUCUGAAAUAAUGCUUCUGGCCAAAAGUGGGGGAACUAGAGGAGACUUCCACCGGACAUGAGCAUCUGUGUGGG